AACUUGCCAAUUUUAGUCUCAAAAUAUUGGGUUGAUCCAAGUAGAAGAAAGCACUGCAGCUGAACACAACGCAACACUGCAGAGAAGACUGCGUCUGUUUCCUACUUUCCUUCAUCUUUCGUCAAUUAGGGUUUCGAUUUCCUCUUCAAUCCUCACUGUAUUCAACUUCACAAUCUCCUACGAUGGGGAGCAAAGGCCGCAUGCCACCACCACCGCACUUGCGCCGUCGGCUUCCUCAGGGCCUCCAUCCGGACUCCAUGAUGGGACCCGCCGGGAUCCACCCUCUAUCCGGCGGCCCCUUCGACCUCCUUCCGCCGCCGCAGGUUCUCGAGCAGAAGCUCGCAUCGCAGCAUGUUGAGAUGCAGCGCCUCGCCACCGAGAACCAGAGGCUUGCCGCCACGCACGGUGCGCUGCGGCAGGAUGUUGCGGCUGCGCAGCACGAGCUGCAGAUGCUGCACGCGCACACCGCGGGGAUGAAGGCGGAGAGGGAGCAGCAGAUGCGAGCUGUGCAGGAUAAGAUUGUGAAGAUGGAGGCGGACUUGCAGGCGGCCGAGCCGGUGAAGAUGGAGCUGCAGCAGGCGCGCAGGGAGGUGCAGAGUUUGAUGGUGUCGAGGGAGGAGCUUAUCGCGAAGGCGCAUCAUUUGAGGCAGGAGAUUCAAAGGGUUCAUGCUGAUGUGCAGCAGAUUCCUGCUCUCCUCUCAGAGCUUGAAGGUCUCAGACAGGAGUAUCAGCAUUGCAGGGCCACUUUUGAAUAUGAAAAAAAAUUAUACAGUGAUCACCUUGAGUCACUUCAGGGGAUGGAGAAGAACUAUGUUUCUAUGAGUAGGGAAGUCGAGAAACUUCGGGCAGAGCUUACAAACAAGGCUAAUGUUGAUCAAAGAAGUAGUGGGCCAUAUGGUGGCACCUCUGGAACUAAUGAGAAUGAGGCUUCUGGUCUUCCUGUGGGACAAAAUGCAUAUGAAGAUGGUUAUGCUGUUGCGCAGGGACGUGCUCCCCUCCCUCCUGCAAGUAGCGGUGGCAACACUAAUAUUGCUACUUCUGCUGGAGCUCAGCCUGGUCAAGCUUCUGCAGGGGCUGGUUAUGAUGCUCCCAGAGGACCCGGUUAUGUUGCACCCACAGGACCUACAUAUGAUGCCCAGAGGAGUGGUGCUUAUGACCCACAGAGGAUGACUGGUUACGAUGCCUAUAGAGGACCUGCUUAUGAUUCACAGAGAGGACCAAUUUAUGAUGCUCAAAGAACUGGCUAUGAUCCACAGAGAGGUCAGGGCUAUGAUCCACAGAGAGGUCAGGGCUAUGAUCCACAGAUAGGUCAGGGUUAUGAUUUGCAGAGAGGACCUGCUUAUGAUCCAUCAAGAGCAGCUGGGUAUGAUUUACAGUCCAGAGGUGUUGCAGGGCCACCCGGACAUGCUCCGCCGGUUAACAACAUGCCUUAUGGGUCCUCUACACCACCUUCUCACAGUGGUGGUGGUGGUGGAUUCGAUGCUGCUCGAGGUGGAAACCCUGUUAGGAGAUGAUCAAAAGUGUAUUCUACGCCAUUCAAAGUGUGCAUCUCAUUCAAUCUGAAUUGUUAUAGCUUUUGUCUAGUGCUGCCUGAGAGUCCAUCUCAUGAACCCCUCUCCCUUUUUCCUCUUAUGUAAUUUGCAUGGUGGACUAGAGAAGGAAAAAAAUGUUUAAUUGAGAAAUGCAUCCUCACAUCAACUGCUUUUGAUGAGAUCUGGAACAGAUUAUCGAUCCACUACUUUCAUUGAAUAGCAUAAUUUCUGGGUUUUCAUACUCA